AUGUCAGGCAUUCCACAAUUCUCAAACAUUCAUGAUAUUGUUGAUUAUGACAGGUGGGUGCAAUCACUCGACUACGUUGCGUGGGCGGAUGCAACACAGAGCUGUGGCGGAGGAGGGGGCGGAGAUGGCGAGCAGGGGGCGGCGGUGCCGGAGGCAGUAAUUGGCCACAGCAAGUGGUCGCUUCCUGGAAGCUGCGCCGCCCAGAGCCCGCGGCCCGACGCACGUGGCCAGCGGGGGGCGCGCCGGCUGCUGACUCACGGCGCCUGCGCAGGCGCGGCAAGUGCUCCCUUCCUGGAAGCGCCGGAGCCGGCGGCGCGCGCACGUGCGCUCACGGCCGCGCUUCCCGCCCCGCCACUGUCCGCCAUUGACCUGAUUGAGUCACUGGGCUGGGACGGGCCGGCAGGAAACCACAUGACGAAAGCGCCUUAUCAGCCUCCGGGCCGCCUUCCUGCCCGGCCGCGGCCGCAGCCGCAGGCACCACCACCACCGCAGACCUCGCCUCUUUCUCCUGCUCCCACCAACGGCCACCGACCACUGCUAUAG